AUGCCGCAUCGAUUCAUCGACUAUCUUCCAGGCACAUCUACACACCUCGCACACAUGCCUCCAACCAUCCAACAGCAACGUGCAGGCAUUUUGAGUGACAGGAAUACAGCCUCAGGUCACAGUGCUAUGGCGCCAUCAUCCCAACCCUCACCACUGCCCUCUAAUCUACCUGAUCCUCCACCCCUGCUCACCCCCUUUGAAACACAACCGGAUACAUUUGGUCUGUAUAGCAUAUACCCAACUCGUCCCACUCUAGCCCCAGAGGCUGAUCACACACUGGAGGGUGUAACAGACGCCCCCACACUAGAGGGGUUACGUGCUACCCUUCGCGAAGUGCGCCUGGGAGUCUCUGCAGAAAUCAGUGAUGAUGAUCUGUUUGGAGCAUUCACAAACCCAUCGUCAGCCCUACUGAUGACUUGGCACUAUUCUGGCACUGACUUAGUUGGGUUCAGUCAUGCACGAGAGAUCAAACGACUCGAUGACUACCUCGAGCGUAAAUCAAAUCCCUUCUGCGAAGAGUACGGGUGGCAGCAGUCAACUGUCAAAAUUCGCUUAUCCAAUGAGAGGGCCAAGUUUCCCUCAGAGAAUGACGCCCCCCAACUUGAGAUCUCUGGUGUUUACCAUCGCUCUCUCACAGAUAUCAUCACUCAAACAUUUGAGGAUGACGUAUCCACUAGCUUCAAUAUGACUCCAUUCCGCCAGUACUGGAAUGCGCCAGAUAAUCGAACUCUGGAAGUCUUCUCUGAAUCCUACGCCUCUCCUGAAAUGAUAAAAGCUUACGAAGAAGUGAAUGCCAUCCCACGAGAUCCUGGUGAUGACCUCGAGCACGUUGUUGCCUCGCUAAUGGUCUGGUCUGAUGCCACUCACUUGGCAAGCUUUGGCGACGCAUCCCUUUGGCCCUUCUAUCUAUUCUUUGGCAAUCAAUCCAAAUACACACGAGGAAAGCCUACUGCUCGUGCAUGCCAUCACUUGCCGUACAUUCCCAAUAUCUAUAUUGAUAUAUUCGGUGAACCAACCUCGAGCAGCACCUAUACACACCUCAAACGUGAAUUGAUUCACGCCAUCUGGGAGUUAAUUCUUGAUGGAAAGUUCAUGGAAGCGUACAAGCAUGGCAUUGUAAUUUGCUGUGGUGAUGGGAUUACGCGAAGAGUAUUCCCCCGGUUUUUCUCAUAUUCUGCGGAUUACCCCGAAAAGUUAGUCAAUCCCAACACGCUGGUCAACUGA